AUGGAGAAAGACCUAGAAUCUCCUGCAGUGGAGCCAUGGACGUUGCGCUUCGAUGGUGCCUGCCGCCGGAACCCCGGGCCUGGUGGCGCCAUCGCGGCGUUGUUCGAUCCAAGUGGUGCUGUGGUGUGGACAUGCUCCCACUUUCUCCCCUGCAGGAACGAGACUAACAACACUGCUGAGUUUACAGCAUUUUUGGUGGAGGUUCGUGGGGCGCUGCAUCACGGCGCUAUGCGGCUAAAGGUUAAGAGAGAUAGUCACCUAGUAAUCUCUCAGGUGCGCGGUAGCUUUGGCUGCGGGAAUGGAAACCUCCGACGGCUACGCAACCGCGUAAAAAGCUCGGAGCUGAGAUCGCUCGACUGUUAUUGUCUGCAGCACAUUGACUGUAACACCAAUGGUCAUGCUGACCGCCUGGCAAAAAAAACGCGCCAUCGACUGCAAGCGCACUCGCACUACUCCACCUCGCCGUCUACCUCUCACCCCCCGGCCCUUAACGCGUCGGUGAUAGGCUCUAAAGGCAGCGUAGACGAAGCGCUGGUAGACAUUGAGGCGGAUAUUGCUGCACGCGAUGAUGGCGAGGUCUUUCCAACACCGCAUAUCGGUCCUGGCUCCGAUCCAGAAAAGCAACCCCGGUUGCGCCUACGCAAGCUGGACGACGAGGAACACGACGCAGCGGCUGCUGCGCUGCAGGCAUUUGUGGAGAGAAUGGCCAGCAAUAUCAUCGACGCUGACAACUCUCGGAAUUCUGCACCGUCACGCCAACGCCCGCCUCGUGUGACGCGCAAUCAACGAGAGCAUCGCCUGGACGAGGCACUAAACAACUUAGCAGAAGUUCAGCGGUCCACACCAGGGGAUAGACGUGCUGUCAGAAAGGCUCGUCGACGUGCUGGGCGCGUUCAAGCAUCCACGGAGACGGCGGUGGAGGAUCAUCCUGAGACUUGCCCAAUCGGGCGCGAGGAACUACACCGACACUUUACAGGCACCAGCACGGCACCUGCAGUGAUCGACUACACGUCAGCGUCUGGCCAAGAGUUCCGGGCAGCGCUGGACAGCUUCCAGCCGGCCGAUGUGGCCCCUGAUGCGUUCACAGGUGAGCUGCAGGUUGAUGAGGUGGAAGAUCAGCUUUCGCGCGCGACCAAGAUAUCAAGCCCGGGACACGACGGUAUCGGCUACGAUGUCUACCGCCGCUUCGCUGAGCAGCUGGUCCUGCUCCUCCACGCCGCGUUCCAGUUUUGUUGGUUGCAUCGGCGUGUGCCCGCUCUCUGGAAAGUUGGAUUUGUGCGUCUCAUCCACAAGAAGGGCGACCCAAUGCAGUCGACAAACUGGCGGCCGAUAUGUCUGCUGCCACUAUCUACAAGCUGUAUAGUGGGUUGCUGGCACUUCGUCUCUCACGCUGGCUCGAGGACCCGGAGGCAACACCGUCGUCUUUACCAGGUCUGGUAUGACCUUCGCAAUGCCUUCGGGUCACUGCCCCAAGAGCUCAUGUGGCGCGUGCUCCGCCACCUCGGCGUUGAAGCCGAUUUUGUUGCUCGUUGCCAAGACAUUUACUGUGGAUCGGCCCCCCUCCUGUUCAUCGCUGCUUUGGUGCCACUUGUUCGUCGCCUGGAGCAGCUGGACGGCGCUGGUGUUCCUCUGGCGGAAGAUGUGCGACCGUGCGUCACCGCCUACGCAGACGACUUGAAGGUCUUCAGCGACAGCGCUGACGGCAUCCGACGGUGUCACGGCGUGGUCACCCGCUUUCUUGCGUGGACCGGGUUGCGUGCGAACCCGGCCAAGAGUGCCAGUCUGGUCGUGAAGAGGGACGCACGUGGCAACGCGAUUCGUGAUGAAGACGUGCGUCUCGAGGUCCAGGGUGAUGCCAUCGCCCCACUCAGCCUCCAGGAGAGCUAUACAUACCUGGGAGUGGGCGAUGGCUUUGACCACGUGCACCACCGCCUCCAGCUGGCACCCAAGCUUCAGCAAGUUAAGCGGGAGGCGGUAGAAUAUGCGCUUCGCCACCUACGCCCGCUCCAGUCCCAACUGCAAGGCUUUGAUCGCGCUGUGUCCAAGGGCUUGCGGCACCUGCUGCGUCUUCCUCAGUCCGCCACCACCGAGUUCUUCUACACGCCGACGUCGGGUGGUGGGCUGGGCCUGCAGUCGCUGGUGGAGAUGCACCAAGCACUGCAGUUGGCGCAUGCAUGGCAGAUGCUACAUUCCAAGGACCCAUCAGUGGCAGCAGUGGCCCUGGCUCCGGUGUGCCAGUCAGCUAGCAAGCGCUAUCGACUGCAGGAGGAGCACUGGCGAGGACGUAUUUUGGAGCUUUGUCGGCUGUUGCUGAACUCGCAGUUGGCUGCUUCGCCUUAUGCAGAGGUGCUGCGACGUAAAAGUGACAUCGGAUCACUAUAG